AUGGUUCAGAUCAGCGAAGUCAAGGGCAACGCCCGCGACAACCGUACAUUCGCGCAUACACAUAUCAAGGGGCUUGGUCUCCGACCUGAUGGUACUGCGGAGAGACAAGCGGCUGGGUUUGUGGGUCAAGUUGCAGCUCGGGAGGCAUGCGGCGUAGUGGUUGAUUUAAUUCGGGCACAGAAGAUGGCUGGCAGGGCAAUAUUGCUUGCAGGAGGACCUGGAACAGGCAAGACAGCUCUUGCCCUCGCCAUAAGCCAAGAACUCGGGACGAAGGUACCGUUCUGUCCGAUUGUUGGCAGCGAGCUAUAUUCGACAGAAGUCAAAAAGACUGAAGCCCUGAUGGAGAAUUUUCGAAGGGCCAUUGGUCUGAAGGUCCGCGAAACAAAGGAGGUUUACGAAGGCGAAGUCACCGAGUUGACACCGGAGGAAGCAGAAAAUCCUCUGGGCAGCUAUGGGAAGACGAUUAGCACAUUGCUAAUUGGUCUCAAGAGUGCGAAGGGCCAGAAGAAGCUACGAUUAGAUCCCAGCAUUUAUGAGGCCAUCCAAAAGGAGAGAGUUACGGUUGGGGAUGUCAUCUACAUAGAAGCGAACACUGGAGCCUGCAAGCGUGUUGGAAGGUCUGAUGCAUACGCUACGGAGUUCGAUCUAGAAGCCGAGGAAUAUGUGCCAAUACCAAAAGGAGAUGUGCACAAGAAGAAGGAGAUAGUACAGGACGUCACAUUACACGAUCUCGACGUUGCGAACGCAAGACCGCAAGGAGGACAGGAUAUUAUGAGCAUGAUGGGUCAAUUGAUGAAACCAAAGAUGACUGAGAUCACUGAAAAGCUUCGAACAGAGAUUAAUAAGGUCGUCAACAAGUACAUCGAUCAGGGUGUCGCGGAGCUUGUGCCUGGCGUCUUGUUCAUCGACGAGGUCCACAUGCUUGACAUCGAAUGCUUCACGUAUCUCAACAGAGCACUCGAAUCCAGCAUCUCACCUAUCGUCAUUCUCGCUUCAAACCGUGGCAUGUGCACCAUCCGUGGCACCGAAGAUCUAAUCUCCGCCCAUGGAAUUCCUCCCGAUCUCCUGGCCCGACUCCUGAUCAUCCCUACAAACCCUUACGAGGCUGAAGAAAUCAAGAGAAUCAUACGGAUCCGAGUUACGGUGGAAGGCCUCGCGAUAACAGAGGCUGCUCUGGAUAAGAUCGCUGACCACGGCUCCCGCAUUAGCCUGAGGUAUGCGCUGCAGCUUCUCACGCCAUCCAGCAUUCUUGCGCGAGUAAGCGGGCGCAAUCAGAUUGAUGUGAUGGAUGUGGGUGAGUGCGAGGAUUUAUUCAUUGAUGCUCGGCGGUCUGCAGCUAUCGUGAACAACGCCCAGAUAGAGAACGGGUUCAUUUCAUAG